GGCUGCUGCUUUAUAAACCACAGUUCUCAGCUCAGCUAACUUAGACAUUGCUUCUUUCAACUUCUUUUCAGUCUGCUUUGGACAGCUUUUGACUACAGCUAUGCUGCCCGAUUCAACUUCAGCUCUUCUUCUCCUGAGUGUCCUUCUUGUUCACUCCUCUGUUCUGUCCUGUCUUAUCGGGACCCAAAGACAGUGUGAUGUUGCUCGUUUUGUACCAGGCUACAAUAUGGUGGGGAAAGGUUUUGAUAUAGUCACACUGCAAAGAAAAAGAGCUCAUGUGAUUGAUGUGAAGACUUACCUGAACGCCAGAGAAACCUGCAUUCUCUGCUCCAACCCUCUUCAAAACCAUGCCUACCAAAAACUUCCAUUAUCUGUUGUGGACUGGAGUGCCAGCAGUCAAUGCAGUGCUGACAUCAUCAGCAGUUAUCACACCUCUGUUAGCUCUCUGAUUAAGGCUUACACAUCCCAAGACACCAAUGAUUGGACGUCUGGCUUGGAAAUUGAAAAGGUUUUGUUUGACAACUUCGAUGUGGGAGGAACCGGCUCCAAUGCCUACAAGUUCGCUUCACAACAGAUCGAAGAGGACCGCUACACUUUCAGCACACACAGUGUCACCUGCAACCACUAUAAAUUUAUAUUAUCACCCACACCUCCCUUAAGCGUAGAGUUCAAAAAGCAGUUAGACAUCCUGCCAAGUCACUACAACUACUCUACUGAGAAUGAGUAUAGAAAGCUCAUACAGACCUAUGGCACACACUAUUUCAGACUGGUUGAUCUUGGAGGGCGACUGAGACGACUGAUAUCUUCACGAAGUUGCUUGUCCACCCUGAAUGGGUUAACCUCACCUGAGAUCCACUCCUGUUUAUCUAUGGGUGUUGCUGUUGGAUUGGGAAAGUUGAAAAUCUCUCAUGUCCCGAAGUCUUGCAUGGGUGUCCUACUAAACCAGGAUUCUGCCACUAACUUCAGCUCUGGUCUCCACCGAUACUACUCAGAGGUGUCAGGAGGAGAUGGUUGGUUGGGGGAGUUUUCAAUUUCCAAAAGUCAUUCCACAGCCCACAUGAACUGGCUAAAGAGCCUGAUAGGAUAUCCAGAGGUUGUAUCGUUCUCCCUUCGACCUCUCUAUCAGCUCGUGCCAAAUAAGCUUCAACAGGCAGGGGUGAAAACUGCUAUUGAACAGUAUUUGGAGGACACGUCUGUGAAGAAAUCACCCCAAGAGCCAGACUGUGAGGGUUCUACUCUUAACAUGUCUUAUAACUGCUGCCCUAUGCACGCCUCAAGGGGAAAUCUAUCAGUGACCAUUGUUCGAGGCUGGAAUCUAUACGGAGAUGUGAUUGGAAAGACUGACGGCUAUGCCAAGAUGUACUAUGGUUCCAUAUCCCACCAGACCCAAGUGAUUGUAUCCGAUGAUCCUCAGUGGAACGCUGAGUUUGAUUUGGGCAAGGUGGACACAAGCCUGGCUCUGAAGAUUGAGGUUUGGGAUGAAGACCCUAAAUAUGACGACCUCCUCAUAGAGUGCGAGAAGUACCUGAUCCCGGGCACUCACACUUUCACAUGCAAAUCAGCGUUAGGAAAUGUUGAGGUUAAAUACACGCUGACCUGUGACCCACAUCUGACUGGAGAAAAGUGCAGCCUUUAUAAACCAACUCCUUAGUGACAGGAAAUUGGUGAAUAUUUUGAAUGAAAGCAUUUCAUUUCAUCAUGUAACAUUAACUCACUAAAUCUGAUAGAAACUCACAAAUUACACUUAAUCACUGAACUUUGUUAAAGAUCUAGCUAAAUGUGUAAUUAUCAUACAAUGAAAAAAAAUCAAGAUUCUGUGUAACAUUUAAUCACAAGAAAUAGCUAUAUUUUAAUAUAUGCAACCAGAAAUUGUGUUCCCUUUAAUGACAAUAAAAUUUGUGAAAUUGA